AUGGCCACUCGAUUUUGGCCGGUGUUUGUCAGCACCUCGUUGACCUGUUUUUUCGGCGGAAUUCUGUUGAUUCUUCUCUAUCGUAUGGUGGUGCAGAUAAUCACAAAACUGUGUACUUGUGCUAGUACAUCCGAACCACCCGAGGUUAGUACACCCGAACCGAUGGCUUUGCGUGACCGUGGUAGUCGAAUGAGCACCGCCCCUGGCCGAUGGGCAUGUUCCCAGUCCUUAAACUCAAUCAAUGCCAGCCCAACUGCCCAAGAAGAAAUGGAACUGCGCGCGCAAAGUUCUGUCGUAUCGUUCAGUCAUUCGGUGCUCGGAACGAAUACCCCACCCACAGUGGGGAAUCGUCUCAAAUCCGGGUGUCAUACUAUGGUGCAAUAUGUACAUUUAUUUGCCGUGCGUCUAGUCAGCUAUCAGUGGCUCCCCGGACGUGCAUUCAUCGCGCUCAGUAUGAUCAUGAGUCUGUGCUCUUUCGGAAUCUACGUCUAUGAGGCCACAUUCUUCCCAACGGAUAUUGAGAAAUGUGGACACAAAGGACGUCGAAUGCGGACCAUGGACUUCGCGAUGAAUAUAUUUUUUUUCAUCCAUUUUAUUGUACGUUUCAUCGCCUGUCGAGACGCACUUCUAUUUUGGAUCGAUUGGUACUCAAUUUUGGACUAUUUCACCGUACCGCCCACAUUGUUCGGAUUUUUUAUCAAACGUAGUUGGCUUGGAUUCCGUUUCCUUCGUGUGUUCCGUUUGAUCAAUUUGGGUGAAGUGUUGCAUAAUCUGAAAUUGGUCCGUUCCGCAUCCAGUUUACGUAUGUGCCAAUUGUGCACGUAUUUCAUGUCCAUUUGGUUAUCCGGUGCGGGAAUGAUUUUGCUCCUGGAGAAUACGGGGAAUCUGAUCGGACCGGAUGCGUAUCAGGUGACUAAUCCGAUCACCUAUCCGACGGCGAUGUAUUUCACCAUUGUGACCAUGUCCACGGUCGGGUACGGGGAUGUGACACCGGCUACAUUUUUGGGCAAAUGUUUUGUCUGCCUGUUCAUUCUGUUCGCCUUGGCUACAUUUGCCAGUGCGAUCCCGGAGAUCGCGGACAUGUUUCUCACCUCACGUAAAUAUUCCGGUUGGUAUACGAAACAGGAAGGCAAAUCACACAUUGUGGUCUGUGGAAAUAUUACCACAGAUUCAGUGAAAACAUUUCUCGCCGAUUUUCUUCACGAGGAUCGACAACGAAGUGAUGUAGAAGUGGUGUUUAUGAAUCCGUGUAAACCGGAUUUGCAACUGCAAAGCAUAUUGCGUUUACACUUUUCCCGUGUGAAAUAUUUUCAAGUGAGUUGUCAAGGUUUUCAGUCUUCUUAUACCGCCUCGUCUGAUUUGAUUCAUCUACAGGCUAAUCGUGAAAUACGGUGGUUCAUCCUAAACGUUUAUCAGCACUUGGAUUUGAACCUCGGCACGAUUGAUGGUCAAUCUAACGCGAUAAAUUGA